AAGGGCGUUCUCGCGAGGUCUCGGCACGAGAUGCGCAGAAAGGUGCGCAGUGGUCUAGAAUCGGCCUUUUUGGUCGAGCUUCCAAAAUGACUGCCAAGCUGAAAAAGACAAGGAAGCUGCGUGGCCACGUCAGCCAUGGCAAGGGGCGUAUCGGCAAGCACAGGAAACAUCCAGGUGGCCGUGGUAACGCCGGAGGACAGCACCACCACAGGAUUAACUUUGACAAAUACCAUCCCGGGUACUUCGGAAAGGUGGGCAUGCGUCACAUCCAUCUGAGGAGAAACCAGCAGCAUUGUCCUGCCGUCAACCUGGACAAGCUGUGGACGCUCGUCAGCGAUCAGACACGCGAGGUCUACGCCAAGAAAACAUCCGUGGCUCCCGUCAUCGACGUCGUGAGAGCGGGAUACUACAAAGUCAUCGGGAAGGGCCGUCUGCCCAAGCAGCCCGUCAUCGUGAAGGCCAAGUUCUUUUCUCGCCGAGCUGAAGAGAAGAUAAAGGACGUUGGCGGAUGCUGCAUUCUCGUGGCAUAGAGUCUUUAUCCCAGUAAAUUCCACAUUAAAAAAACACAUCCUGUCUGA